UAUAGGGCUACAGCACUGGACGUCGCGGGCCGCCAGAACGCCUACAAUAUGACUCUCGCGGCGCGGGGUAUCGUCGAGCUCUUUCGUCUUAUUAGGCGCGAGGACGAGGUUUACCGGCAGAUCCUUACAUUCUCCAUCUCCCACGACCAUUGCUCUACGAGGAUAUACGGAUAUUAUGCAGUAAUCGACGGGAAGGAUACGAAAUAUUACCGCUACCCGAUUAACAAAUUUAACUUUACAGCACUUGACGGAAAGGACAAGUGGACUGCGUAUCGGUUUACUAAGAAUGUUUACGACACUUGGAUGCCAGAUUACUUUCAGAGGAUCUGCUCGGCCAUUGAUCAGUUACCGUUGAAGAUACCUAGACUUUGAUAUCGCGGCGCAUACGAGAUGGGUGGAGCUGGGCCGUGUGUGUGGCCAGGCUCUCUACCGCAGC